AUGGAUCCUAGACCUGCCCAUUUCUCCACCGCUUUCCAUGAGGUGAUCCUCAUCUUCAUCACAUGCAUGGCCCAGUUCCUCUGCCAGGGAGGAAUCACCAUGUCCCUCAGCACCAUGGAGUUGGUGCUCGACUCGUUUGCUGGCCCCGGCAACCAAGUGGACGACACCAAGAAGGUGUGGUUUAUGGGGUCAUUUGCCCUCACCGUGGGUACCUUCAUUCUCGUCAGUGGCCGUUUAGGCGACCUCUUUGGCCUCAAGCAGAUCUUCACCAUCGGCUGGUUCUGGUGCACUGUGUGGUCGUUGGUCACAGGGCUUUCCACCUACCUGAACUCAGUGAUAUUCUUCAUCGUGUGCAGAGCAUUCCACGGAAUUGGCUUUGCCCUUCUCUUGCCUUGUGCCAUGGGCAUUUUGGGCAGCGUGUACCCCAACGGCUCCCGUAAGAACUUGGCGUUUGGCCUUGUGGGUGCCAGUGGACCCACCGGUGCCACUAUAGGCGCUCUCAUGGCUGCCGUGGUGGCACAAUUGGCUUGGUGGCCCUGGGCGUUUUGGAUUUUGGCCAUUGUGUGCUUCAUCUUCGGAGUGCUUCUGAUCUACUACAUUCCCCCCAACCUCAACGCCAACAAAUACACCUGGAAGCAGGCUUGGGACCAGCUCGACGUGCUUGGAACCUGCACGGGUGUGUGUGGUUUGAUCCUCUUGAACUUCGUGUGGAACCAGGGCCCUGUGGUCGGGUGGAAGAACCCCUACAUCAUCGUGUUGUUGGUUCUCGCUGUGGUAUUGAUUGUGGGAUUUUUCUACCUCGAAAGAACGGUAGCAUCGCCAUUACUUCCCGCAUCUAUCUUCAACGUUAAGAUCGGCUUGGUGCUCCUUUGUAUGGGGCUCGGGUGGGGUUCGUUCGGAGUGUGGCAGUACUACUACUGGAACCUCGUCAUGAACCUUCGCCACUACACCCCAAUUGAGGGUGGUCUUUCCUACAUUCCCUUCCUCGUGUUGGGAGUCAUCGCUUCUAUGAUCGUGUCGGUAAUCAUCAGCAGAACCAAACCCUCGUACAUCAUUUGCUUCUCGUCUGUCUGCUUCAUGUGCGGUUGCAUCGUUCUUUCGGUGACGCCUGUGGUGCAGUCGUACUACCGUAUGACCAUGGGUCAAAUGUUCAUUCUCUGCUGGGCCAUGGAUAUGAGCUUCCCUGCUGCAGCCAUCAUCUUGUCGAACUACUUACCAUACCACCACCAAGGAAUGGCAGGGUCCUUGGUGUCCACGGUGGUAAACUAUUCAGUGUCGUUAUUCUUGGGAAUAGCCACCACCGUCGAACUCGAAGUCAGAUCCACCCAGCCAGAUCCAACCUCGAUCGAUUCGAUUCUUAAAACUUACAGAGCGGCACUUUACUUCGGUAUUGGUGUUGCUGGCUUGGGGGUGUUGUUUUCGUUGAUUUUCAUAUACUUGCAACAUGACGACACCGUGGGAACAAUUGAGGAGGACGAAAAGCUUGAAACUUCGGGUCCUUCGAUAGAUUCUUUAUAG